CCUGUCUCAACCCUGCGUCAUUACUGUAAGGCGGCACCUGUACUGUUUCCUUACCCGCUGCUUGAAACUGUCUUGCCACUUUGAGGAGCCAUGGAGUACGUGUGCGAGGAACAUCUCAAGCUGCUCCUCAGUAAGGAGUGGCUCGUCAAGAUCGAUUCGGAGAAAUCCGUUUCGUAUCUACUGAAAUUCUAUGCUUCUGCAGUGGACAUGUCGUGUUGCAUCCUUAUAACGGACACAAGGAACGUAUGGGGAGAAGCAUUGACAAGCAAGCAAAUUGCACGACGCUGGCGAGAUUGUAAUCCGAAGCAUUCGCCAGAGUUCCCCAAUAUCGAAGAGGAAGACAAAUGGAGAACUGCCAUUCUAGAAGUGCUAUCUGCUUCCCAUACACUUGGUGCAAUUAUGGAUCUAAAUUUCGGGAUUGUGGAUUCACACUAUGCCGACUUCUCAUUCGAAUUGGGAAACGACGAAUUUAGAUGGAGAUGGGAUACCUACCCAUUAGGAGCGAAAGCUGCGGCGGAUGUUCUCUCCAGACAACUCAUCAUGCCACUGAUCAGCGUCACUCAUCUUGCCUUUUCAUCGGCGGAUCCGGUAAGCGAAUUGUCCGAAGCUGACCUUGAGAAGGCGGUCGAUAAGGUCGGCAGGACCGCUCGCCGGACAGUAGACACUCAUGUUAAACAUGCUGUCUCCCGACCCCGUGUCGCUACCACAUUGCGGCGGAUGACUGCGGUAUUCAAUUAUCUCCCGGAUCCUCCUUCGAUCUCUUUGGACGUGGUAAAACCUGACUUGAGUUUGCCCACCAUACAACUCAAGUCACGAGCCUCUACAAAGAGUCCGCGGUCGUCUGACCUUCAGACCUCAGUUCUAGCCGUCAAUAAAGGGCCAGCUGUGGAUUCAAUGGAAACGGUAGGAUCGCAGCCAACACCGGAAAUCAUCCCCAGUGAAGCAAUAUCAAGCCGGCCGGCCGACGAGGAUUCAGUAACUGAGGAUGAGGAUGAAGAUCGACCUGCUGUCUUGGCAGCGAAAGGUCAGAUAGAAGACGUUGUGGGCGGACCGUCCAGAAGUGCUGUUACCUCACCUUCAGGGUCCCCCACACGUGCUGUAAGUUCUCAACGACUCCGCCAGAGUGGUCCUGGACGUGCGAGAACCCCAGAACAAACGUCCAGCCAGGGUGUACCCUCAAUCGAUUCGCCGUCAUCUCCGCCUGCAAAGAGGACGAAGAGAACAGUGGAGUCGUCCUCGUCGUCGGGUGAUGAAGACAGUGAGGCCGAGCGUAGAAGGCAUGUCGCUCGGAUCAAGUCCACUUCGACGCGAGGUGCGAAGCAGCCACUCAAGCGAGGGGGCAGACGAUUCUGAGGCAGCGUAAGCUGACGAGCACGUUGGUUAUAUGAUUUCCCUGCGGACACCCGCUGUCGCAGCCUUCGU